UCUCGUCGUUGUUGCUAUGACAUACGACACCGUCAGUCAGUCCAUGGAACGUACCAAUGGGAAAACAACGAUGGAACAGCGGAACAACGAUGGGGGGAUAGCAGCAACGACGGUCAACGAACAUCAGAUCGGCAAUAACACAGUGGAAAAUGCUCACAACAGCACCACCAACACUACCACUAUCACCACCAGCGCUGGCAACAACACAUCGGCCAUGCUUAGCAGUUUCCCUGUGGAUAAGCUCGCCUCCUUGAAUGCGAAAAUUUCUAACUCGAGAUGGGUGGUUCCGGUGCUACCGUCGCAGGAAUUGGACUGUUUGCUGGACGCAGCAAUUCAGCUCUCCACCUUAGGUAUCGAUGGCGAAUGCGAACCGUGCGUGCGCUUUUAUCAGAACGAGUUGGCCAUAUCGUUCAUCAACAUCCUGACGGAUGAGGCCGUCAUGUCGUGGAAGAAUAACAUUCAUGUGUGCAUUUUUAAGUCGUGCUGCAAAUUUUUGCUGCUAGCCUCCCUGCAUAUGGAGCGCGAUAAUCAACCGUUGUUGGAGCUGUUGGCGAUUGUGUUCGAUCCGGAGAACAAGUUUCACAUGCACAACAUUGCCCGGCAGCCGGAAAAUAUGAAUACACCACCCCCACCGCCUCCUCCACCGCCGGCACCACCAGCUACGUCGCUGGCGAAUCCGGUUACGUCGUCAACUUCAUCGUCUUCAUCGUCAUCGUCGUCGUCGUCGUUGCCGGACAGUAGCGAAAGCAGCACCACGACCAGCAGCACCAAUGUACCGGCAAGUGUUUCGUCGAAGCAGGCAGCCCAGCAGGACGAGAUUGCCAUGGUGAGCUAUGCGAAGCCACCGGUCGAAACGAAAAAUCCCCGCGGAUGGUUGUUCAACUUUAUCAAUCAGUUUGGUGUGUACAAUGGGUUUGAAAAUUUCCUCAAGCGUAUGACAGUCGCCAUCGAACAGCAUCAACGCGUGAGUGUGUGUGAUGAAAAGAUGGACAGUGGCGGUGGGGGAGAAAAGUGCAAAGGAAAGAUUUCCCUGCAGCUUCUGCACGCGUUGUUGCGUCCAUUUGGACUGUGCGCGGAGUAUCUUACGGUCGAUACGAUUGAGCGAUACCUUCUGCCUGGCUGCCGAUUUGUCCUAUCGGUGCUUGAGAGUCUCUCGGAUGCGGAGCUAAAGCGUGAGGUGGUGUUUGAGGGGAAGAACGAUUUCAUCACCGGUAUAGUGAAGUUUGCUCGUGCCUUGUUAACGCGUGUUCCUGGACAGGAGAGUCUUCUGAACGAGCUGGAAAUGGCCCGCCUAAAGAUCAUUCUACGCGUACUGCAGAUAUCGAGCUUCAAUGGGAAAAUGAAUGCACUAAACGAAAUCAACCGUGUGCUGAGCUAUGUUUCAAUCUAUCCCCACCGGGGGCUGAUUGCAGAAGAGGAGGGCGAUUUUCUUAGCGCAAAUCGGAUGGCCAUGUGGAUACGAAGUAACCGAGUGCUGGCGAUAGUGCUGCGGGACUCACUACAUCAGUCACAGUAUGUGGAAAAGUUGGAAAAGAUAUUGCGCUUUCUAAUCAAGGAAAAAGCGCUCACGUUCGACGAUCUGGACGCGGUGUGGAAUGCGCAGGAGGGAAAGCACGAAGCGAUCGCAAAGAACGUGCACGAUCUGUUGGCAAAGCUUGCCUGGGAUUUUAGUGCCGAUCAGCUGGACUAUCUGUUUCGGUGCUUUCAGACGAGCAUGCAAAAGUCCGCCAGCCGCAAACAGCGCGAACGACUGCUCGAACUGAACCGUCGUCUAGCGGAGGACGACAAAAACGGGAUGAUGGCACAGAAGGUGCUGAACAUGUUCUGGAACCUGGCGCACAGCUCCGACACGCCGCUGGAAGUGCUCGAGCAGGCACUGCAAUCUCACGUAAAGAUCCUGGACUACAGCUGCUCACAGGAACGAGAUGCGCAGAAAGGCAUUUGGCUUGUAAAGUGUGUGGAAGAGCUAAAGGGACGGGACGAAUGGGUGCUGCCAGCGUUACGAUUGAUCCGAGACAUUUGCUCACUGUACGACACCACGCCCAAUCAUACGCCGCGAAUACAACACACGAUGAAUCGUCAAAAAAUUAUCGAUCAACUGCAAAACGAUCACAAGCUAGUAAUACUAGUUACGAACAGCUUGACCUGCUACAUGAACCGUGUGCGGGCACUGGUGGCAGCGGAUUCGACCCUAAAGCCUGCCAAGCUCCGACUCGAUAAUCGCUAUCCCCACCCGCAACAGAUUCAAGAGCGGUUAGAUUUUUUAAAAUUUCUCCUCAAGGAUGGCCACUUAUGGUUAUGUGCGGAUCAGGCAAAGCAAAUCUGGAACUCGCUAGCAGUGAAUGCGGCAUUUGACAGCGAUCGCGAGGAAUGCUUUCGGUGGUUUAGUAAGCUGAUGGGCGAAAAUCCCGAUCUUGAUCCGGGCAUUAAUCGGGAUUUCUUUGAAAACAAUCUUUUAAAGUUGGAUCCGAUAUUGCUGACCGAGAACGGGAUUCGUUGCUUCGAGCGAUUCUUUCGUGCAGUCAACACCAAGGAAGAACGGAUUGUUUCCGCCAAGCACCACCAUCAUCGGAGCGCGUACGUUCUGUACAACAAUGGCGAGGAUCUAAUUGGAAAGGAUUAUUUAUGGCGCGUGAUUACGGCAGGACAGGAAACGAUCGCCAAUCGUGCGAUCAGCAUACUGAACGAGAUGAUGACGGUGGGACCUAGACAGUUGGCCGAUGUGAAAGCGUAUCACGAAGCAUUCAUCGAAGAGUGUUGCGAAAAAUUGCGGGCCAUGUUUCAGAGUAUGGAAAUGCUGUUGCGAGAGUUUCCUUCACCAAAGCCGGUGCAGAAGAAAGGGCAAGAGAAAGAAUUGAGUGCCGUCGCAUCAUCCACCGGGCUGGCGGUAUCAGGUGAAUUGAGCACCGAUCGAAUAGGCGAAGAUGAUGAUGCUGUGGGUAUCAAUGGAGAUGUCGAAAGGAAGAAGCUGCUUCUUGUCGAUCAAAUGUGCCGCAUGAUUCGCACGCUCCAAGAAUACAUCCGCGAGUGUGAUCGAAAGUUUCCUGGCGACCGGUUCGCACUUCCCCUGUGUCACGCCGUUCGUGGGCGACACGUGGAAUUAAUAGUAAAAUUUCAAACACCCGGCCGGCAGCUGGAUGAUAUAGAGAUGAUGAGUCACAGCAAUGAGACGAUGCAUUCUUUCAAGCGCAGUCUGCUGAGACGCAUUAAGGUACUGAAGGCAAACGAAAUCCGUGUCGAUUUGUAUGACAAUGGCACGAAUGAGCUUGUGAUGGUACCGGACGAGCAACAAACGCUAGCAUUUUAUGGCAUACGGGACAAGAUGUCACUGAUUGCAAAGCUCACACCCGUUUCUUCUGGUUUAAUGGCAGCCGGUUCGCCGGACAGUUCCAGUGAGAGUAGUUCCGGAUCACCACCAAGAAAUUACGUAGAUCCUAUUAAGCAGAGCUAUCAUCAACAGCAACAUGGCCACCAUUUUGCUCACCAGCAGCAGGCGUCGAUGAUGCAGCAGCAACAGCAUCAUCCAAUCUAUUUGCACGGCCAAAAUGCGGCAGUUUCGGCGCAAGCUUACCAACAGCAACAUCAUCACGCUCGCCAUUUCUUGCAAUCCGGCUCAGAAACGGAAGACACAUUACCGGGGGUGGUGAUUUCCCAAAAGCCACAUUACACAAACUUCUUUCUGCAAGUUUACCAGCUGGCCAACACGCUGGAACAUGAUCGUCUGCGUGAUGGUGUGCGGUCAUUGCUUCAUCUGCUUCCGUUGGAUCGGCUGACCGUGGGUAAUUUGUAUGAGGUGUUCAAUACCUCCCAAGGUGCAAUAGAGGAUGUGAGGAAGGUGGCAAUGGACGCAUAUAUGACCGCUGCUGGUUCGGGCGGAGACUUGGAUCGAGUUGGUCCGGGAGGUGUGGCAAAGGAGAGUGAAGCUGAAUUAAAGGCUGUGAUGGAUGCGGCAGAGUUGGAGUCGCUGGAAACAUUUAAAUCGUUAUUUCUUACUCCACCGCCGGUUCAAAUAUUGUACAAUCUGGAGGUGCUAGAGGCAAUGCUGCUUCCCGCUAGUGUGAAUCCUUUACCAGCCCCAGCCCAUCAAACCAACACAGCCACCGCAACAAACACAAACAGCAACGUGAAGGAUUUCGGUGGAAUGGGUCCCGAUGUUACGGUGGGUGACAAUGGAGCCGCAUUAGGAUCCGUGCUGGAGUUCCAGUACGCGUGGUUUAACUGUGGAGCAGCCGAUUUUAUAGUGGGAUUGCUGUCGGAAGAAACCUUUCUGGCCGGUGCCGAUCGACAUACGAAACGGGCGAGUUAUCGGUGUAUUAUGCGGCUGGUUAAAUUUUACUUCCUUACCGUCGGUUAUCUCGUACCUCCGCCGACCUUCUACGAUCAAAUGCGUCAGUACGAGCAGUUUCAAACUCAGCUGAGACGGUACACGCUGCUGCAUAAUAUGCUUCGUGGUGGAUUGCGCUACGAAAACACUUUGAAUGGCUUUGCCAAACGGUUAGCUUCGUAUGUGUUGCAGUUGGAUAUACGUCCAGGUAUGGUCGAUAGUCAAGAUCUUGUUUCUUCCCUGUACCGUGGUGAAUGGACCUUUCCAACCGUUCGCACUAUAAAAGCUAUAAUGGAGGUAGCGUUGCGAGUAUCGAAGGAUUGGGAACCAGUUUCGUGGGAUUCGCUGAAGGAGCGCGCAUUCAACACACGCUUUGGUUCAGUUGAUGGUAGCGGUGGUGGUGGUGCCGAUCAGACGUCUGGGAAUGAUGUAGCCGAUGGCGAAAGUAAGGAUGCAUCAGGUGAAAACACGGCAGAAGAAAUUAGUGUCACCAGCAAGCGUAGAUACAGCACGAGCAGCAUUGGCAGUAACUGCAGUAGUGGUAGUGAUAGCAGCUCCAGCAGCUGCUGCAACAGUAGCAGCAGUAAUUCCGCCGGCCUUGGAGUAGCGAUGCAGCAACAACAUCACCCACAGCAACAACAGCAGCAUGUACAUCAACAACAGCAUCACCAUAACCAUCAUCGUGAUCACGAUCUGCAGCUAGUGGGUAUCGUCGAUCGUACCCAGGACUAUGAAGUGCUUCAUGUCGCGCUGGAAGUGAUGGGAUUGUCGCUUACGUUGCAUUCGGAUGCGGUGAAAGCGCUCAACAAGGAAGACGGGCUUUGGGAUAGCUUUUUGGGGUCAUUGCUGUUGUUAAAUCCGUCCGCUAAAAUGCGAACGUUGGCGCGCGAACAGUUGCUAGCUAUGCUGUCUGGUGAAGUAUCCGAGGAGCUGCUACAAUCAAUCGUUGGCGUGCUGUACAAUAUAUGGCGCAAAGUGAACCAUCGAACAGAGACGUGUGCCGAUUAUCUGCAACUAUUUGCACAGCUGCUCCAAUCAAAGGAACGCAACGAUGCGGUAGCAACUCCAAUCGAUGUCGAGGAGCUGUUGCAGACGGAGGUUAAAUGGUUGUACUGGGUGCGGGACAAUGUGGUGGAACAUGGCAAAACGCUUGUGCAUGAAGAUAUUUUGGAAGGACAUCUGUGCCUGACCAGAUCCCUCGUGUUUCACAUGAAACCGGUCGAAAAGCGUCGUUUAAACGCAUUGUUAAUGGACCUGGUGAAAGAAUUCGUCUUCAACGCGUCAUUCCAGUACAUUUACUAUCGGCACCGAAAGGAGAUACAUUUUCAACUGCCGCCACCAGUGUGUCGCACACCACGCACUAUUUCUGCUGCCAUGGACUUGAUCGUAGCACUAAGUCACAAUUCCGUGGAACUUACGACCACAAUUUCUAUGAUGUUGAAUGAUAUGUUUUUCGAAGAUAUCGAACCUGUCCGCGAAUGGGAGUAUUUGCCACCGGAUGCACCAAGGGCACUGCAUGGGUUCUGUGGGUUAAAAAAUGCAGGUGCCACGUGCUACAUGAAUUCAGUUUUGCAGCAAUUAUACAUGGUUCCGGCACUGCGUAACGGCAUCGUACGAAUUCAUCAGGCCGUCAUCGAUCACAAGGAAGAUUUCAACGAAGAUCCGGACGGGCAAUCGUUGCUCGGCAUCCAGAAAGAUGACGAUGGAGGAAAAAACUAUCACAUUGGAAUACUGAAGUAUGUGAUGGUAAUCUUUUGCUAUCUUGGACAUAGCGCUUUACAGUAUUACGUACCUCGGGGAUUGUGGAGACAUUUCAAAUUGCAAGGAGAACCAGUCAAUCUACGUGAGCAGCAGGAUGCGGUUGAAUUUUUUAUGUCCCUUUUUGAAAGCAUUGACGAAGGUCUGAAAGCCCUAAACUGCGAACAAUUAAUGGCUGCCACACUGGGUGGAUGUUUUAGCGAUCAGAAAAUAUGCCAAGACUGUCCGCACCGGUACAGCAAGGACGAACCAUUUAGUGUACUUAGUGUCGAUAUUAGGAAUCAUAGCUCGCUAACGGAUUCGCUGGAGCAGUACGUUCGUGGUGAAAUACUAGAAGGUGCCGAUGCGUACCACUGUGAUAAAUGUGAUGAAAAGGUCGUUACAGUGAAACGGCUGUGCGUUAGCAAACUGCCGCCCGUUCUAGCAAUACAGUUGAAACGUUUCGAAUAUGAUUAUGAACGAGUGUGCGCUAUCAAAUAUAAUGAUUAUUUCGAGUUUCCCCGCGUGCUGGAUAUGGAACCGUAUACGGUAUCUGGUUUGGCGAAGCUGGAAGGUGAAGUUAUAAAUGUCGAGCCAAAGCAAGAAGAGCAAGGAUCAACACGCUACCAGCUGACCGGCAUAGUGGUUCACAGUGGUCAGGCUUCCGGCGGCCAUUAUUACAGCUACAUUCUGCACAAGAAUUACGCCAACGGUCAAAAGAAGUGGUACAAAUUUGAUGACGGCGAAGUUUCGGAAUGUAAGAUGGAUGACGAUGAGGAGAUGAAAACGCAAUGCUUUGGUGGUGACUAUAUGGGCGAGGUGUAUGAUAACAAUCUGAAGCGCAUGCAGUACCGUAGACAGAAGCGUUGGUGGAACGCGUACAUGUUGUUCUACACGCGCAAUGAUGUGUACUAUGCGAAACCACCGAAGAAUGCAUUCUGGUGGCGACUGAACUCCGGUCCGCAAUCGUCACACAACAGAGCCCAAGCCAAGUCAACGGUAGAAAGUCUAUCGUUAGCGCAGAGCGAACAUUACUAUUUCAACAUGGAACCGAAUGUAGAACGUUGCAUACGAAUCCAAAAUAUUCGAUAUUUGCACUCUAGAAUGCUGUUUUCGACAGAGUUUUUCACCUUUAUGAAGAAACUAACAGAAUUCCCGAUUAAACCAAAGAAUAAAGUACCAGUGUGGUUACUUCUGAAAGGAUUAGAGGAUGUUUGUUUGCUGAAAGUGCGGCUGGCAUCAAAGUUUCUAUUUCACACGGGCUUUAAAACGAAGAAGACGAUCCGAGGGCAAGUAAUGGAUUGGUAUGAAAUUUUCCGAGUGCAGCUAGAAGGAUUCGUGUUUAUACGGAAAUGGUUUGCCGAGAAUGUAUUGUUGGAUUCGCCUGGCCGCUUGUGUGAAUAUUUGCUGGCUGCUCCACUGCCCGAGAUUCGUUCUUGCUUUGCGAAGCUUAUCGUUUCCUUCUGUCACUAUUCGGCGGAGGACGAACCGGUUGCAUGCUUCGAGGGCAGCAAUCUAUGCGAGCAAGUGUUGAUUGCCGUGCUUGGUCUUUUAAAAUCGGACGUUCCGGAGCAUGGUAAACAUUUGCCGCACUAUUUUAGUCUUUUCUCCAUGUACGCUGGUCUGGGGUACAGAGAGGAAUGUCAGCUAAUUAAGCUAAACGUGCCAGUGCUUUUCAUGAGAGUAGCAAUGGACGAUGGAACCGGCCCGACGAUAAAAUAUCAGUAUCCAGAUCUGAGCAAAUUGCACCACGUCGUUUCGCAUCUGGUACGAUCGAUGGAUGUCUCGGCACGGUGCCGAAGCGCUAUAAGCGGAACAGCCGUGCUGCCAAACAAAUACAUCAACGACCACAUAACCCGAAAAAACACAUUGAUUCCUAUGUCUGAAGAUUGCAUAGAUUAUCUUUACAAUAGAACUGGGUACAUUAAACGAUUACUGGAGGAUGUGCAUGUAGGAGAGGAAGGUUUUAAAUUACUACAAUACUGCUGCUGGGAGAAUCCUCACUUUUCUGGUAUAAUUCUAAUGGAGCUCCUGUUCCAGUGUGAUUAUGUGUACUGGCACGACAUGAAACACUAUACGGAUUUGCUGCUGCACAUCCUGCUUAUCGAAGACUCCUGGCAGGGUCAUCGUAUAAUGAACGCAUUAUUGGGUGUCGGUCAUGAUAGAGACGGUUUGCUGGAGAUUAUCAGGCGCAGCAAACUAAACUACCAGAAACGUGCCUACCAAUGCAUCAAAUGUAUGGUACAUUUGUUCUCCAAGAGUCCAGUGGCACUGAACAAACUGCACACGGAUGCCGCACUGGCUAAACAGUGGACGCUGGCAAUUGAAUGGCUGCAGGAAGAGCUGGAAAAGCAUCGCACCACUGGCAACAGUCAGUACAACUACAAUUCGUGGUCUCCGCCAGCGCAAAGUAACGAUAAUACGAAUGGAUUUUUGUUGGAAAAAUCCCAAUCGGUUCGAGAUAUAUUACAAAUGGCAUUCGACCUGUGUCCGGAAGAGAUUCAAGACGCCGAAACGAUGGACCAUCAUCAUCCAGUCGUGUGCCAGGAAGGGGGUGUAAUACGGGCAGGAGACGAUGCUGGCACUGGAACGAUACAGGGAACUGUGAACGAGGUCGAAAAAACUCAACAAGUUUCACCUGUGGUGUCCGUUAUGGUUUCCACGGCUGGUACGAAUGUCAUGCCUGCACAUCCGACGAUAUCAUCAUCUACAGCCGGUGGAUCCGAGGUAGUAGUACCGUACGGUGAGGGUCAUAAUGGACAAAAUGUAGAACCAAUCGGGGAUUCAGGCGAUCCGGGCAGAUCGAGCACGAUGUCCCCGAAUGUGAAGCAACUAGUGGGCGUAAUAUCUAGCAUUGAUAUUAACUACGAUAACUAUUUGGAUCAACAAACGAAAGUCACUAAACCUCCGGUAUCGGUGGGAAAUAAUGCAAGCCAGCCGCAGUCAGCGCUUACGACACCGGUGUCAACUGCAUCUCCAUCUACGCAAUCGGCGGCACCCCAAGCCGUGACCGCGCAGACAACCUCGCAGAACACUGUGAAUAAAAAGGAUCGGUCCGGUCGUCCCGGUGAUGGACAAUCUUGCACCAGUUAGCAAAAAGAGAAAUGACACAUUUGAA